UUCAGUUGGGCUAUGGAGAGACGCGUAAUUCUAUACGUCCUGGUUCUGACAGUUUCCGUUUCGGUGAACGUCAUUCUUGUCAGACGGCUAUUGGUAGAGCAUGACAUCCGCUGGUUCCACAUCAAGGGACGAAAUGGGGGAUCUGGACUUAGCGAGAGGACCACAGCCUGGCAAGAAUCAAGCAGGAGAAGUCAAAACAGUAGCAUGGAUGAACAAGUCAUUAAACCAAUCAUAGAAGAGGCGCUUAGAGUUACACCGAAGAACAGCAUCGAAACAACGUCUGAGACGAGGAACAAGAAGACGAAUAGGAAUGGGACCUUAGCGACACACUCUUCUGUACUUCCUGAAGCUGUUUCUACCGAGCAUCCUCAAGCUCCAUGGGCUUUCAACGUUACGGCUGCAAAUCGGUUCAGGGCUGAGCUGGAAGUGGCAACAAUGACACUAAAGUUAUUCGUCAUGACCCAGACAAAUGUCAAGCUGAACGGUUCCGUGAAGUACCAGACAGGAACUGGAUACUUCAACAUCACCAAAGACUUGUACAGUUGGUUACCCAGGGAGCAGCUAUUCGGCUACAAGAAGUACGGGACGUGCAGCGUGGUUGGGAACGGUGGGAUCCUGUUGAACAGUGGCUGCGGUAAGAAGAUAGACUCUGCGGACUUCGUCAUCAGGAUGAAUCUGCCACAGAUGAAGAUGAACUACACGGACGAUGUGGGGAAGAAAACGAAUUUAGUCUCAGCGAAUCCAACAAUUUUAAGAGACAGGUUCAACAGUCUUCGAUCAAACGCUGAUAAAGAAGCGUUUAUAAACUACACGUGGUACUAUCAGGACGCAUACUUGCACAUAAGCGCGUUUGCGUAUGAGGUCUUUACAAAGUUGUCCUUUUCCGGCUACGAAACUAUACAGAACGCCAAGGGCAAAACUACCAACGCAAGUAUGGUAUUUGGACAUCCCCAACAUCUCGACUUGGCCACGAAGUUCUGGAAAGGGAAGUACAAAAUCAAGGAGAGAAGAUUAACUUCAGGUCUGUAUUUAGCAGGCACCGCCCUGAGUAUGUGCAGGGAGACCCGGCUGUACGGGUUCUGGCCUUUCGACCAGGACAGACAGGGGCGGGAACUGACGCACCACUACUACGAUAACGUCACCAUGUCCGCCCGACACGUGCAGAUCCGUCAACACGCCAUCCCGGAGGAGUACGCGGUGCUGCGAGGCCUGCACGACCGUGGUGUCAUACACAUGACAACUGACAGGUGUUCGUCAUAGGAGUGAAUAGGACACACUAACUUGACGACCAAACAAACAAAAAGACUAACUGUACAUUGCAAUAUAUACUCAGAAGUGUCGUGAACGACUAUUGUUAGAUAGAUGGCCAAUAUGAAUAUACUGAUAGAUGAUUUUAAAGCAUGUCACUUUUGAUCGAGGCCAGUCGCAGUGAGGCCAGAAAUCUGUGAUAUGAUUUAUCUAUAGUAAAUGUUGGGACACAUUUCAAAAGCAAACUCUCUUGCGAGUUACAAACGCAUUACAUUUGCUUCCAAUUGAGAUUAUAUAUAUAACGUUAGGUUUAUGAUUAACAUAUACAUAACUCUAUGAGCUCUUGUACUAGAUUAUCUCUUUAUAACAAUAUAUCUUUUAGACUUACUAGUUGCUAACAGAAUGCAUGAAAUACAUGACUUAACCGGGAACCUGUUCUAUAUAUACCAGUAAUUCUCCAUACCGAGAACAGAGAAAUAACAUGUAAACGUAUUGAGGAUAUAUGGUUACUUGCCAUCACGUCGUGCUUUCAUUUAUGGGCCAAUUAUUUUCAUAAUUGAUAUUCAUCGACAUUCCUCUCUUUCUCAGAUACAUGCGUGACAAGUUUGAGAGUCCUAUCAUGGAAAACGUUAACGUUAGAUUUAUGAAAUUUCCUCAAUGGUUAUGCAAAUUAAUUGUUUAUUUAUAUAUAUAUAAGUAUCAUGUGACUGUGAGUCAUCACUUAGGAAGGAAUUUUGCUUUUUGGGACGGACAAACAUUUCACCUCAUUUGUCCCAAAAAUCUGAACUUCAGUAUAUAAUAUUAAUGAUAAUGUGUUUUCAUAAACUUAAAAUGACAGAUUUUACA